AUGCCUUCGGACGAUGGUUAUGCUGCAGUUAUAGUUAACUCAGAAUAUGCUGACGUGUUCAUCCUACUUGUAGCAUUUUGCAGAUCUAUCGACGCCAAACUUUAUCAAAGAUGCGGAACUCAUACGCGUACAAAGCUGGUAGAUAUAGGCAAGGUGGCUCUAGCUUUGGGUGAGAGGCUGUGCAGAGGACUUAUCGGACUUCACGCGUUCACGGAUGUGACACCGUUAGUGCCUUUUCCGGCAAGGGAAAACUCAGCGCAUUUAAGCUAAUGAAAGCAAGGGAAGACGUUAGAGAAGCGUACAUCAAGUUAGGAGAAGCAUGGAAUCUGUCCGAUGAAUUGUUGGACGCAUUAGAGAAGGUUACCUGCUCUCUUUACACUCCCAGCACCGCAACCGCGAGUAAUAUCAACGAUGUCAGAUACAACUUGUUCUGCGCUAAGAACGGUGAAAUCGAAUCUCACUUGCUGCCCCCUUGCAAGGAUUGCCUCAGUAAGCACGCCAUGCGGGCAAAUUAUCAAGCAUGUAUUUGGCGAAGAAGUCUUGAAAGGAAUCCGGUCAUUCCUAGUCCAGUGGGUAUGGGCUGGAAGAUGGAAACACUUGCUGAUUCUCAGGUUCUUAGUAUUGACUGGAUGGAAAAGAAACCUGCACCAGAGGCUGUGCUAGAACUCCUGGUUUGUAAAUAUAAAUGCAAACGAUCUUGCAACUCUCAAUCAUGUCCUUGUGUAGCAAAUGGUCUAAAGUGUACAGAUAUUUGCACUCUAUCGAAAUGUGAAAAUCAAGUGGACGCUGAUGACGAAAUGGAAGUGGGUAGUUCAGACGUUGACAAUGACCCCGAGGAGGAGUGUAAAUUCACUUGA